CCUAUAUAAUUUAUUCGUGCUGUAAAACAAAUACAUUAUCAUAUGUUAGUGUGACUGUUUGGUCACGUGAUCUUGUCCUGUUUGCUCUGGCUUCGCGUCGCCGUUCAUCUCGGGAAAGUGGGAAAUUCGCUUAAUUUUUUCUUUUUAUUUUCCAUGCACUUCGUCUUUUGAGACGCCAAGUGUCUUAAAAAACUCUGUUUUGCGUAUUUACGGGAUUACAAAGCGUUUAGGUGAUUUAAAUGGCGUCAGAAACGAGAACUUCGAUCAUGGCUCACACAAGAGUGGAUGGGAAGAAAGAGGGGUUGGAAGAAAUGGAGAGUGACAACACUCAACACGUGUCCAAGAUCGAUAGCGAUAGCGACGCGGAACACCAUGAGCCGGGUAUGCGAGUUGGACACGAUUUCCAAGCGGCCAUCCCAGAGCUUGUUUCAGAGAAUAAAGAUGAGGCUAAACAUGACCCGAAUCUUAGACAUAAUGCACUUCUUGUUUGGGCUCCUGUGGAUGAAAUCCCUAAUGCAAAAUGUAAGUAAUCAUUAUUAUUAUUUAUUGUAUGACUUAUGUUUGUAGCCGAUAUAAUGCGCCCUCUGAUUGGCUAAUACUACAUGUAGGACAUUAUUCUCCUGUAAUGCCCAUGGGCAGAUUACGGACCAGCAAAAACCAAGCAAAAAGCCAUAUAAUAAUAAACCAU